CAAUGACAAAUAAAAAUGAGUACUAGUAAUCAAUUAGAGUAUCCCAACUUUCGGCCAAAUUUCCUCCCUUCCGAAGUUGUUUACCAAAUACCAACCAUUCCUUAAAAAAAACAACUCCUAAGUACUCCUACAUCAUCAAUUCAUCAUCAAGUGAUACAACACAAACAAAGUCACAUCCAAAAAUUGUAGGAGAGAGAAAAAAAAAUGAGUUCAUUCGAUCAAAAUGUGCUUGUUAUGAGGCAUGGAGAUCGUAUGGACAACUUUGUUCCGACGUGGGUAUCAACGGCUGAGCGUCCUUGGGACCCACCUCUAGUUGAUGCCGGAAAAUCUAGAGCUUUUAAGGUUGGUAACGAGUUUCGAACUCAACUCGGUUUUCCAAUUCACCGAGUUUUUGUUUCUCCUUUUCUUCGUUGUAUUCAGACUGCUUCUCAGGUUAUUACUGCUAUUUGCUCUGAUGAUUCUCUCUCCUUUGACCCAUCUAAAGUCAAGGUCUCUAUCGAGUAUGGAUUGUGUGAGAUGCUGAGUAGGGAAGCCAUAAGACCUGAAUUCGCACCUAAAGAUGGUGAUUUUCGUUUCAAUAUAUCUGAGCUCGAAGCUCUGCUACCUGCCGGAACUGUAGAUCAUUCUGCUGAAAGAAUUUACCAAGAGAUGCCACGGUGGGAAGAGACCGUUUUAGGUUCAAGGAGCAGAUAUGAGAAUGUCAUUCAAGCACUUGCCGAUAAAUACCCUAGAGAAAAUUUAUUGUUAGUCACCCAUGGGGAAGGUGUUGGAACUUCAGUUUCAACCUUUAAGAAACGUGCUGUUGUUUAUGAAGUAAACUAUUGUGCUUAUUCGCAUGCAUCAAGAUGCAUCACUUUUGGAGAAAGUGGUUCAUCUACUGCCGGAAGCUUUCAAUUGCUCACCGUUCCAGGUGUAACAGGUAUCGGUUACACCAUAGAAGAAACCUUGGCUGAUGGUGUAUGACUUCUACCCUUAAGGCUCAGAAUUUUCCUCAUUUCUGAAGGGUGUGAUUUCUGAAUAAAUGUUUGUAGCCAUAUUAUGCUACAAGAUCCAUUAUUUACAGAUUCUCAUUGGUAGCAACUCCAUUUUUUUUAGCUUAUUGGAUGUACAAGAAUUGGCCAAAACAUUGAGAUACAAAAGUUUGGAGGAAAACGAGUUGUGGUUUUCAAACAUCCUAUUGCAGUUUUGCUAUUUCUUCUUUCUUAUUCA